AUGCUUCAGUUAAAGUCCAUCAUCAACGUCAUCGACAACUCGGGAGCCGUUUGGGCAGAGUGUAUCCGCGUCUUGCACGGAGGCAAAUACGCCAGGAUAGGUGAUGAGAUUGUGGUGGUUGUGAACAAGGCCAAGGCAAACGCCGUGGCAACGGCAUCGGGUGUGCCCAAGGUGAAGAAGGGUGAUGUCCGCCAUGCGCUUGUAGUCCGCGCCCGCAAGGAGACCCUCCGUCCUGAUGGUCGCUAUGUUCGUUUUGAUGACAACGCCUGUGUACUCUUGAACAAGCAGGGUGAGCCUUUGGGUACUCGUGUCCUCGGUGUCGUCUCGGGAGAGUUGAGGCAGAAGCGCUGGAUGAAGUUGUUGAGCUUGGCUCCCAAGGUCAUCUAA